CCGCCGCAGGCUCAGAUGGCACCCGGCGCUCGCGCCGGAAAGGGCGUCCCCCAGCGGCCUCCCGGAGACCCUCCCCGGCCUGCGGGGCUCUGGAGCCGCCGCGGCGGAGGCAUGGCCGCGGGGGCCGCGGGGGCCGCGGGGGCCGCGGUGCGCGAGGCGGCGCCGGGGCUGGAGGCGCCUCCCCAGCACGAGCAGAUCUCUCACACAAAGCUUUCUGCGGAUGAUGAAUGGAACCUGCAGCAGGAAAGGAUGUACAAGAUGCACCGGGGCCAUGAGUCCAUGCACGUGGAGAUGAUCUUGAUCUUCCUCUGCGCACUGGUCAUCGCCCAGAUAGUGCUGGUACAGUGGAGACAGAGGCAUGGCCGGUCCUACAAUCUGGCGACACUGUUGCAGAUGUGGGUUGUCCCUCUGUAUUUCACGAUAAAACUUUACUGGUGGCGGUUUCUGUCUAUGUGGGGAAUGUUCUCAGUUAUUACCAGUUACGUCCUCUUCAGAGCUACCCGAAAACCCCUCUCAGGGAGAACACCAAGAUUGGUCUACAAAUGGUUUCUUCUAAUCUACAAACUCAGCUAUGCAUUUGGUGUUGUGGGUUAUUUGGCCAUCAUGUUUACAAUGUGUGGAUUCAAUUUAUUUUUCAAAAUCAAGGCUAGAGAUUCCAUGGAUUUUGGCAUUGUAUCCUUGUUCUAUGGCCUCUACUAUGGCGUAAUGGGGAGAGAUUUUGCAGAGAUCUGUUCGGAUUACAUGGCUUCUACUAUAGGGUUCUACAGCGUCAGUGGGAUGCCCACAAGGAGCUUGUCAGACAAUGUCUGCGCCGUCUGUGGGCAGAAGAUCAUUGUGGAGCUCAAUGAAGAAGGGCUCAUUGAAAACACCUACAAGCUCUCAUGCAAUCAUAUCUUUCACGAAUUCUGCAUCCGAGGUUGGUGUAUAGUUGGUAAAAAGCAGACUUGCCCUUACUGCAAAGAGAAGGUUGAUUUGAAGAGGAUGAUCAGUAACCCCUGGGAGCGCACACACUUUUUAUAUGGACAAAUCCUGGAUUGGCUUCGUUAUUUGGUGGCCUGGCAACCCGUGGUGAUUGGAAUAGUUCAAGGCAUUAAUUAUUCACUAGGGCUGGAAUAGUACAGCAGACUUACUCCAGAAGCAAUGUGUUGCACGUUGAAAUAUUUUUAAAUCCUUGAUCCUACACUUAAUAUCGAUAUUCUUUUUUUUAAUUUCAGAGGUGAUCCCAAGAGUUUAGAGAACUGAGCCUUACCUAAGCAGUCUGUCUAUGUGGAAAGAAUUUAGAGAGAAGCUGAAUGUCAAAAGUUCAGAAAAAAACCAAAAGUGAAACCAAUGAAUCUGUGAAGUAGCAAUUAGUAAAAAUUUAUUGUGCACACAUCUAAAAGAUAGUUUGCAAACCAGGAGCACUCAGACUAAAACACAGAAUGAGGCUCAGAGCUAUAUGUUAUAAAGCAGCUUAUAUAGUGUGGAGGCAGUGACUGUUUAUUCUUCAUGGUGAUUGGUUACAAUAUGGGAAUUUUCUUAAAUGAAAGGGAAUUGGUUAGUGAUCACCUCAUCUCAAUUUGGGGAGAACAAUUUAAGUUUUGCUUAUGAUUUUCAGAGGUGUAAGCAAGAAGUGAUCUCGGUCAAGUUAGCUUUGCUUGUCCUGCAAAGUAAGCUAAAUUAAGCUUUGCUUGUAUGACUAACCUGGUUUUGUCCACUUAAGGAGUUUUCAAGUCUGGCCUCUGUUUGUGUUUGGUUUUAACAUGAACAACAGAAUAAACAAAUAGAGCACACUUUGCAUCUUUCCCCUUGUGAUCAUUUUUCUAAUUGAUGCAUGCAGCCCAUUUGUUAGCACCUGCCAUGGACAUCCUACCUCUAAUUUGGCUAAUAAUGUACUUCUUACAUACAACAUUUAGUUACAACUGGUAUCUUCUAACCAGUUCAACAUCUUCAAGGACGUAGGCAGAGUUGUUAAGUAAUCUACAGUUCAAGGAGAUUACUGCAGCUUUGGCAUCAUAAAGGCCUCUGUGUAGAGGGCAUUAUUCCCAAAAUGUCUAGCACUAGGUGCCACAGCCCAGCCCAUUCAAAGGGCCUGAGCUGCACUGCGUUUCCUGGGCCUGCCAAGUGCACUUGACCCAUCCAAGGGUUGCAUUAAAGUGGAGGAAAACCACUCUCUUCUUUUGUGCCACUCUGUUCACAUGCACGCAUGCACACACACACGCGCACACACCAUCACUGUUGCUGUACUCUGCUUUUAUUUUCUUCAUAGCACUUAUCAACACCUGAAAUCAUACCAUACAUUUGUUUGUUAUUGUUUGUCUCCCCUUCCAGGAAGGCAGAGAAUUUUAUCUAUUUAGUUCCCUGUUGUAUCUCCAGCACUUGGAGCACUGGCUGGAUAUAAUAGGCACUCAGUAAUUAUUUGCUGAAAGAAUGAAUUAAUCCAGCAGGAGGGGGUAAAAUUAAUGGAAUAGGAAAGAACUGUCCAAAAGAAUUAACUCAAGAACGAUAGACUCCCCAAAUUAAUUUGUUUUAAAUUGCUGGUGAGUGGUUGAACAGCGACCACCACACACAUAUCAGACAUCUACUCUGCACACUUGAAGACAUUAUACUUGUAUGAAGUAGAAGGAAACACACCUACUGUCAAAAACAUAGGCCAUGUUCUUAAUGCUAUUCAAAGUUCUAUCACAACCAUAAUGAAAAAACUCACACUCAGAUUUUUUCUACCUGUUGGUAAUUUUCCUUCUUGAAACUUCCCAAUGCUUCAGUAUUAUGAUUGACUCACCAUCCAGAUUAUUAGAUUGAACUCUGAUUUAUUUCCCUAUUCAGCAAAUAUUUCAUUAAUUCAAUGCUUAUUCCAUACCAGGCAUGGGCAACGAUUAAGGAGAGAAAACAAGAUUCCUGAGCUUAUAGUCUAUUGACAAAUAAAAACACGUCACUGUUGGAUAAAGCACUACCUUAAAGUGUUUUCUUCUAUAAAAGGAGCCCUUAAAUUGACCUCUGAUGCAUUUCCCAUUUAUCUUUUAUGAACAGCUGCAGGAGGAUAGCCUUUAGAACCCUUUGCAACUCGGGGAGAGUAAACCGUAUGUGUCUGCAUAGAAUUCUAAAUGACCCUCAGAGUUCAGAAAUGUUGGAUAAUCACUAAACAAGCUCACACAAAACAAUAAAGAUGCCAUUCCCUUCAUAGUUUAGGCAUUGAAAACCUCAUCCCAAUUUUUUGAAUAUGUAUAUAUACGUUGAAAAAAUUAUGGAGAGCUAUACACUACACAGUUACCAGUGGUCAUCCCAAGGUGAAGGGGGAAGAGUGGAUUCGUUCUUUCUAUGCUCUUACCUCGUGUCCAAAAUUUCUACAGUGAACAUGUUUAACAUUUGCAAUGAGAAAAAUAAAGAUUAUUUUUAUAUUACUUCAAAUCUAGCAAUUAACCAUGGAGCUAUUUCUAUUGCUGUUUAAAUUACUGAAAUUAAAUCUACAGACCAAGUCCAUGUUAAAUUUAUCUGGUUCUCAUGAUAAUUAACAUUGUACUUAAUGGAGGACAUAGAGAAGUAAAGUAAAUAGUCCAUAAUUGCCUUUGGUUUCCGUAGCAUCUCAAGUUUCCUUCUCCUGAAUUUGUCCAUUUUUUUCUUAGACUAGCUACUGUUUCCUCCUUCAUACUUCCCAGGAGUUGUUAUGAGAGAGAAGAAACACUGUGAAGAAGAAACACAUAGCCUAAAAUCUGCUAUGCACUUCAUGAAUUUAUUUCUCUGGGAUAUUUUUCUACAAAAACAAAACAAAAGAAAAACAAACAGUGUCCCUUGUAUCACUGCUAGUACCCAUAAGAGAAAAAUAUACAUUUAUAAACUAUAAUCUGUAAGAUGAAUCACUUCUUGGGGAAAAAAAUAAUAGCUAACAUCCACUACCGGCAUCCCUAUUACCCCACGCAAACUUCCAUGGUUCCCGUUCUCAGAGGUUUGGUCCUCUUGCCCCCCUCACCCCUCCAGAGGGAGUGGGAACCAAGGGGCAUGCACUCAUUGGUUUACUUACCCUGCUGUACAUUCAGACCUACAUCAUACCCUCUGAUGUAGAUAUUACUGUUCCUAUUCUAAGGGCAGGAGAAUAUUUGGGGACAGGUUAAGUGACUUGCCCAAAGAUACGCAUCUACUGACCCAGGUUUUUCUGACUCCAGAGCUCAAUGAAGCACAUGAACCCAGUCCUGGCUGAGAACUAAGCAGGUCAGGUCAUUUCUACUCGGUCAUUUCUAUUCAGGUCAUGAUUUCACAGUUUGUGAGUCAGAGCCCCACAUAGGGCUCUGUGCGGACAGUGCAGAGCCUGCUUGGGAUUCUCUUUCUCGCCCUCUCUCUCUGCCCCUCCCGUGCUCACCUUCUCUCAAAAUAAAUAAACAUUAAAAAAAAAAAAAAAAAAAGAACUGAGCAGGUCAGAGGAGGUUAGCUUCCUUUCACAUGUGGUUCCCAAGUUAAGAAAUUUGUGUCGAAUCAGCAAAUAGUUCUUAGCUUAAUUUAUUUCAUUGCAUUAAAUGCAAUGUAGUAUUAACUCUAGCUUAUAAAAAUUAACAUAUGGAAGUAGUAUAUAUCUUUUAAAUUAUUGUGUAUCAAAUAUUUUUUGAGUCACACUGAGGAAUUGCUAGGCAUAUACUUGUUUAAAGAUCUACUUACUUCACACGUGCUUUUGUAAAUGUUCAGAGGAAAAGAGAGCCUUUUUUAGAAUCAGAAACAAGACUUUUUCAGAAGAAAAAAGCAAGAUGCUGCAGGAGAAAUGGAUGAGAAGGCAGGGACCGAGAGCCAGAGUAACUAGACACUAAUCAGAACUUCACCCAGAGGUAAAGGCUGAAGGAAGAUUAGAGUCAGGGAUGUGGGAGGCUUCCUUCGUGGUCUUCUAAACUAAGUAUUUCAUUCACACUUGACCCUUGAACAACACAGGUUAAAACUGCAUGGGUCUACUUAUGCUCAGAUGUAUGGUUUUCUUAAUAAGAUGUUCUUUUCUCUGGCUGACUUUAGUGUAAGAAUACCACAUACAAUAAUAUAUAUAACAUACAAUAUGUGUGUUAAUUGGCUGCUUAUGUUAUCAGUAAGGCUUCCAGUCAACAGUAGACGACUAGUAGUUAAGGUUUGGGAAGUCAAAAGUUACACACACAGAUGUUUGAGUGUGCAGAGGGAGGGGGUACAUCACUGCCCCUAAGCCCUGCCUUGUUCUAGGUCAACUGUACUUCAUUAGUUUCAUUUUCAUGGGAAGCCACAAUUUACUGUAUAUUGUGUUAUAUAUACUUUCUCAAGUAACUAUGACUGGAGAAACCUAUCAAACACCCAGAAAGACAGGCCCAGUUCAUGUGAAAAUACACCAUCUAGGUACUUUGCAUACUGUAAAGUUUAACGCGGACUCAAGGCACUUCUUUCUAGGAACAGCAACAAGUUUGGCUGAGUGCACCAACCUUUUGCCUUCUUGUUCUUGAGAGCAGUCACACAGUGAGGAAACAGCUAAGUGGGGUAGAGAAUGCCAUCUGCAGACAUGCAUGAGUAUCCUUGCAGAAAACUGACCAACACAUUCAUGGGAAAUCUGUUCCUUCGUGCUAUUUCCUAAUGAACUAAACCAAUUGCUACAGAUAAUUCAGAUGUCGAUAAUGGACUCAGAUCAUGAUCAUCUCAUAGGAUUAAUAAAAAGCCAAGAGCAUUUAAUUUUUAAUCUGGUAGUUUUUAUAAAACAGCACUCUAGAGGCACCUGGGCAGCUCAGUCAGUUAAGCGUCCGAGUCUUGAUUUCAGCUCAGGUCAUGAUCUCACAGUUCGUGAGUUUGAGCCCCACAUUGGGCUCUGUGCUGACAGAGCCUGCUUGGGAUCCUCUCUCCCUCUCUCCCAGCCCUCCCCACCCCCCC